CUGUUCAGGUGCAGAUGGAUAACUAGACAUCUCAUACCCAUGUUCAGAAGCCAUGAAUUCCAGAAAAUUACUCUCAGAAACACGGAGAACAUUUCCUGCUACUAAAGUACACUGCCAGCAGCCAUCACGGAUUCUCAUUGUGGAUGUCACAUCACCUUCCUGGACCAACACUUGUUCUGUACUCUCUGAAGCUCUGGAAAACACGCUCUGUUUGGCGUGCAGUUUGGCAGGCCCCUGCCGUGUUCCCCUGCUGAGCCUCUACAUGGUGCAGAACCAGCAGGAGUGUGUGCUUCCCUUUACGCAAGUGAAAGAAAGCUUUGCACAAAUUCAGGCCUGCAUUUCGGAGCUCCGUUCACUACCAAGAGAAGGCUCUUUCCCACAGUGGGGAAAUGGAGUGGUACAAGCUGUGCAGGAUGGAUUGCAACAGUUCAAACAAUACAGCAGACACACAGCAGCAGGAGGCUCAACAAAUAGUUCUGUUGAGAUCACAAUUUUGACUAGCCAGUCCAGCAAAGAAAUGGUAAAGCAGCUGGAAAAGAAGUUAAAAGACGUAGACCUUGUGAGUCUGCGACGAAUACAAGUCAUUGAGGUUUUGAAGAGAGACUUUCUGGAGCCUGAGGAUGUGGAACAGCGGGUGGCAGCAGAAGAGCCCAGCAGCAAUGACAUUGCAAUCCUGGGAAUGGACAUUGAUGUGCAAACCAUCGAGGACAAUGUCAUCGGCUUGGAGAUGCUGUUUAAAACCUGGCUACAUGACUACGGCACAGAGAGAGAACACCUCCAUCUCCUCCUUCCAUCAGGAGGCAUCAGCCGUGCCACUGCACCCAAGACCACCCUAAUGUGCCUGAAGUGUGAUUUGCAGGAGAGAUUGCUUGACCCAGCUCUACUUCCUGGUUCGGUUGAUGGCACCGUGAGAGCAGCAGAUUUGAAUUCACCCUGCCAGAUGGCAGCCUGGCCGGCUACAGUGCUGUAUAAACUCCGUGUUGUAAAGGCUCUGAAAUGUGAAGGGGUCUGUGAGUCUGUACUGUAUGGCCUGCCCUUCAUCAUCAAGCCCACAAGCUGCUGGCAGCUAGACUGGGAUGAACUGGAGUUAAACCAGCACAGCUUCCAUGCUCUGUGUCAUAGUCUUCUGAAAAGGAAGUGGAUGCUUUUGGCCAAACGUGAGCCACAGAACACUAGUCCAAGCUGGGACAUCGCGGUGCAUUCCUACUACGUCAUCGUCCCUUCCGACUCUGCCACUCUACUUGUCAAAGCAGUUGCCAUCAGAGAGCUCUUGCUGCCGUCAGCCUUCCCAGCCCUCAUUGCUGAACAUCCUGAGAGAGUGCAGGGCCCUAUAGAGAGUGCCCUGAACAGCUUGGAAGUGGAAGUUGCUUAUAACCCCUUGCAUCUAAAAAGCAACAUCUACGAAUACCUGAGGAGUGUGCUGAGCAAACCUCUGCACAGGCAGCAGCCUCAGCCCAGGGACCAGCGACCAGAGCGGCAUCAAGCCAAGCAGCAUCAGAGCAGAUCCAAAGCCACAGUGGCGCCCCUUCUGAUGGCUUCUCCUGUCCAAGCGUUCAGACCAGCAGCGGUGAGAAGAGGUUCCUGCGAGCGCUCCCUGCUCCCCAAAGAGUAUGACGAGUUCCUGCAGUGA